AUGUUAAUUACUUCGUAUUUAUUAAUGAACCUUAUUCACAAAACAAAAACGGCCCAACUUGAUCUAAUCAAAUUUUAAUUAUAUAGACAUCUUCAUUUUGUUUAAUUUUAAAAAGAUUAAAUUGAAUUGUAAAUAUGUCCUAAGAAACUGCAAGUCCAGUUAAAGAACCUAGAAAAAUCAUUAAUUGCUAGCGCCUUUGAUUCUCCACAUUGCUUUUAUUCAUUAAACGCCUUAAUUUAAAAAUAAGGUGGAUUAUUUCUAUUGUUACCAAUCUUUGAAAACAAUCUCAAUUACAAUGGAAUUAUGAAUAAAAAUUUGCUUUACUUUCCUACUUCCUUCAGGGAAUUCGAGUUCUGGUAGCUAAAACCUUGUAAAAUUAGAGAAACUAUGUCAGAGAUUAAUAUUGUAAAUGCGAUUGGCAUCUGA